AAGUUAUUAUGUUCUCAUCUACCACACACUGUUGUAAAGCCACACAACGAAAGUCUAAUCUGUUGUCUUACAAGGAAAAGGAAAUAUGAAGAUUCUCUUUCUAGUUAUUCUUUCCUGUGCAAUGGUCUGCUCUGCGCAGGUGAUCAACCCAUGUCCCACGGGUUAUGUGGUCUUCUGGUAUGACUCUAUAACCCCUGUAUGCAUCAAGUUUGCCAUGUACGCCAAGGGAACCUGGGCGAACCUGCGAGCGAUGUGCCAGGCAGAGGGCGCUGAUCUGGCUGUGUUAAAAAACGGUCUUCAUUACCAGGUCGUCCAGUAUAUCAAUAGUCAUCCGGAGCUGAUGAAAGAAGCUUUCUGGAUCGGUGGAACAGAUGAAGGCCAUGAGGGAAGCUGGGUCUGGGCAAUCAACAACGAGGCAAUGGACAUGCUCACCCCUCCUUGGUACCCGGGGCAGCCCAACCAUGGAACGGCUGCGAAUUAUGCCUGCCUCUACACACCCGACUUCAUGUUCCACAGCUGCGACAACGACAGGAAAAUUUACGCUCUUUGUCAGAUCUAAAAUGGUUUUAUUUCCCGUUUCUCCCUCUCUCUCUCUCUCUCUCUCUCUCUCUCUCUCUCUCUCUCUCUCUCUCUCUCUCUCUCUCUCUCUCUCUCUCUCUCUCUCUCUUUCUUCGUCUCGCUUUUCAUGUAUCAGUUUUAGCUAAAUAUAGAUCAAUGGAUGUAUAUACUUCACAACACGUAUGUGUAAAACCAGCAAAACAAAAUAGAAAUGGAACAUUACGUAAGACAGUGAUAAAAAUAACUAACAAUGCGCCAAAGACAGAUGCACCGUACUAACUCAGCGGCCGAUGGCACUGCCUUUAUUUGUGUAGGCUAUAUAUAAAGUUGAUAUAUAUCUUGCUUUGUGGAUAUACUCAUUUUGGUUGAUGUCUUAUUUCGUAUUCUCUCUAGGGAUCCAUUACAUUACAAUUGGUACGCGGGGCAAGGGAAUGUUACAAGAGAUAAGUUUACAAGGUUUACGUUAAUGUACACAGUGUGUAUAUUAUCUGUUCAGUGUGUAGAGUUUGCAGUAAUGUGAAUUAUUUGCUGUAGGUUCCUAAAAAUAAUAAAUCUGGUUCUGUGGAAA